CCACCUCUGUUUUUCUCACCUCAUCUCUCCAUUGGCUCGCCUCCUCAGUGCCUGACUGAAGCAGAACAGAAAUUGAACUUGUGGUUUGGAACAGGCCGACAGUAGGUUUUUUUUUUCAAAGCAGGAUGUCUAUAGUGAGUAUUGUUGCCAGGGAGAUCCUGGACUCCAGGGGGAAUCCCACUGUGGAAGUUGAUCUGCAUACAGGAAAAGGUCUGUUUCGGGCGGCUGUGCCCAGCGGCGCCUCCACCGGCAUCUAUGAGGCUUUGGAGCUCCGGGAUGGAGACAAGACUCGCUACAAGGGCAAAGGUGUGACCAAGGCUGUUGCUCACAUUAAUGACACCAUCGGACCUGCUCUCAUCCAGUCUGGAAUCAAUGUGCUGGAGCAGGACAAGCUGGACAACAUGAUGAUCGAAAUGGAUGGCACUGAAAACAAAUCCAAGUUUGGGGCCAAUUCUAUUCUGGGAGUCUCUCUGGCCAUAUGCAAAGCUGGCGCAGCGGAGAAAGGUGUCCCCUUGUACCGCCACAUCGCCGAUCUGGCUGGAAACAGUGAGCUGGUCCUCCCAGUCCCUGCUUUUAAUGUGAUCAAUGGAGGAUCGCAUGCUGGUAACAGACUGGCCAUGCAGGAAUUCAUGGUGCUUCCCGUCGGGGCGGAGUCGUUCCGGGAUGCUCUGCGCGUGGGGGCGGAGCUCUACCAGACCCUGAGGAACGUCAUCAAGGAGAAGUACGGCCAGGAUGCGACCAACGUGGGAGACGAGGGAGGCUUUGCCCCCAACAUACAGGAGAACAGUGAAGCACUGGAGCUGAUAAAGACGGCCAUAGAGAAAGCAGGCUUCACAGACAAGGUGGUGAUCGGGAUGGACGUCGCCGCCUCGGAGUUCUUCAGCGAGGGAAAGUAUGACCUGGACUUCAAAUCUCCGCCCAACGCCGCUCGCAACAUCAGCGCUGACGAGCUGGCCAGCAUCUACCAGGGCUUCAUCAACAACUACCCAGUGGUGUCCAUUGAAGAUCCUUUUGAUCAGGACGACUGGCCUGCUUGGUCUCAGUUCACCAGCUCAGUAGGGAUCCAGGUGGUCGGGGAUGAUUUGACAGUCACGAACCCGCGGAGGAUACAGCGAGCCGUGGAGGACAAGGCCUGCAACUGCCUGCUCCUCAAAGUCAACCAGAUCGGGUCCGUCACCGAGGCCAUCAAAGCAUGCAAGCUGGCUCAGGAGAACGGCUGGGGGGUGAUGGUGAGCCACCGCUCUGGAGAAACGGAGGACACCUUCAUCGCUGACCUGGUGGUCGGGCUCUGCACUGGACAGAUCAAGACCGGAGCUCCGUGUCGAUCUGAGCGUCUGGCCAAAUACAACCAGCUUAUGAGGAUUGAGGAAGAGUUGGGAGACCAGGCCCACUUUGCUGGGCAUAACUUCCGCAACCCCAGUGCGCUUUGAGAGCCAUUAGCAGCACCCAUCCAUACAGUACAUGUUAUAUUUCCAUGUCAGAUAGAUAAGACUGAGAAAAGACGACUUGUUUUAUCAUGGCCCUAAACACACAAUUAAAAGCAUUAAGACUAAUUAGUUUGCAGAUACAUUAAAUGCAAGGAUAAUGCAGUGUAGCUACUGUAUAUUGAUCUGACGCUUAAGCAAGUGAUCGAGUUAAGUGACCGAGGCCAGCUGCAGCAAAUCCCAAACAAAGCCUUACAGAGGGAAGAGAAAUCAGUGUAUCACAUCUCAGCGCAGUGUCGCCUCCCCUGAUGGGCUUGUUUCUUUCUCUUUCCCAAACCCUCCGACUGUCUCCUUUCCACUCACUGCAAAUGUGUUUUGAUCUUUGUGCCAUGUUGUUGCCGCCUUCUCCUCCUAUUCCUUCGCUUCGCUGAAAAAUUGUGAUUAUCUGUGUCUGUUGAAGGUUACACUCAAUAAAAGAUGAAUUUAUGUUCCUC